UACAUUGUAAAUGCAUGCACAGAUUGGAGAUUGAUGCACAACGUAACUAUACAGCUACAAAGAUUUAAUGCCUCUUCAUCGCUCGAUUGAGCUAACAAUGGAGCAUCCUCUGAACACUUCAAAGGUAUAGUCAUUUGUGAUACUGCCCACAAUAGAACAGAGUUCCCCUGAGGUUAAUUAAAAAAAUGUGUGGACUUGAUAAUUUCUUUUACUGGCUUAUAUAAUUUAUAGUGAACUAAAUUACUAUUCUUUUUUUACUGCUCAGGUGUUUUUUUGUAACUCUAUGCAAUUUCUGGCCUGGGGGCAAUGAACUAAUUAUACCUUGAAGUGUAGCCGUACGAGAUAUACGGUAAAGCUGACUGUGUAUGCGGUAUUUGUUCUAGCUGUAUAUAACUGCUCAACGGUUGCAAUGCUAACAGCUUCUAUAUACUUUGACUCGUGGAUUUGCAAACUGUCUCGAGUUAUGGCUACAGUGAAGGCUAUUACAGUCUCUUCAGAAUCUUUUGUCAGCAACAUCUGUUAAUACAAGCUUUCUACUCAACUUAUGAGUAGCCUCGCACUAAAGCGCCUAGCGUUUUGUUAGCUACAAGACUUGGAAAAGAGCUAGCUGCAAAGCUGUAUGCCAGAAGCAGAAGCAAACCAUUGUGAACUCUUGACCUCUUUGCAGAUCCACCUGUUUCUAAUUAUUCAUUGACAGGAAAUGCAACAACACCUACGCUUUGAAGAUUAAAGAUCAUCUCUAGCCAUUAGACAUUAUUUUGUUUCAUUAAGCUCCUCUACAAUACUGCAUUACACCUCUGAAUUGUUUGGAAUUUGUUCAAAAAUUAUUGCAUAUGCAUGCAGUGUAAUAUACACAUUAAAGCAAACUAAUGUCCUUUUCUAUACACCCUAAGCAAAGUAAAACAUGCCAAGGGGUAUUAGCACAGUGGGAGCUGGCAAAAUUCAUUAUAGUAGGGUAACGCAUUUAUUUAGUAGCUAAAACUCAUAUACCUCUUUCAGUAGUAGUAUGCAUGCAUUAAUACUGCAUGUAUGACCACUGCAUAUACACAAGCCAUGCACAAGCUAAGUUGAUUAUGAAAGCUGUAACGCUACCUUUGGGGUGACUUGGUAAUAAAUACAAGAGAUAUGAUUAUUCUUGUAAGCUGCACAGUUAGUAUUUGUACACGGAAAUUCAAAUGUUUUUGGAAAUCACUUUACAAUUUACUCUCUCACAAUGUAUUUGAUGAGUAUACUAAUCAGUAAGCAUGCAUGACGUACAUGCAUGUACAUGCAUAAAUAAACAUUUGGUACGUAUAAUAGUUGGUCCAGCAAUUUUCAGCUACAAUUUAAAAUUUGAGAAAGAUGAUCCUGUUAACAGUUCUAAUAUUGUUAGCUUUCAAGCAAGCAACCGCUCAAGUCACUGUCGGCUUUACUGAAUAUGAUAUAAGAGGGUAUACGCAGGAUCUACUGUGACUGCUACAGUGGCAGUGAUAAGUGGGACAUUGCAGAAUUAUCCAUAUAUAAGAUACUAUUCACAAGACGGAACAGCUCAAGAGAACUUUGACUGCAACCGUUUCAAUGGAUAUAUUUCACUGGCACCACAUGAAACUUGAGAAACAUUUCAGUAUGGAUCACUUCAAAUGCCACAGAGGGACAAACAUUUUACCUUCGUUUAUCUUCCUCAUCAACAUAAUUAUUGGGCUCGUAUUGACCCUAAUGCACAGACUAUUCGUAUUACCAUAAUUGUGAAUGUCGGCUUCACUGGAUUUGAGAUAAGAGGGUACCCAGGAUCUACUGUAACUGCUAUAGUGGCAGUGAUAAGUGGGACAUUGCAGAAUUAUACAUCUAUGUAUUACUAUUCACAAGACGGAACGGCUCAAGAUAACUUUGACUACAAACGUAUCAAUGGAUGUAUUUCGCUGGCACCACGUGAAACUUCGAGCAACGUCUCAGUAUGGAUCAAUUCAAAUGCCACAGCAGGACAAACAUUUUACCUUCAUUUAUCUUCCAUAUCAACAUAUUCGGCUCGUAUUGACCCUAAUGCACGGACUAUUCGUGUUAGCAUAAUUGUGAAUGUCGGCUUCACUGGAUCUGAAAUAAGAGGGUACGCAGGAUCUACUGUGACUGCUACAGUGAAAGUGCUAAAUAGAAAUUUAGAACUAUUUGCUAUAAUUUCAUGCACAUCUAUGCAACUCGUAACAGACUAUGGUAUAUAUGAAGAAAACUACCCAACGAACUACUACACAACGGACUAUUACUACAACGUUUUCCAAACAAUUACACUGAGUCAAAAUUACACAACGGCUGACGUGAGUUUUAAAAUCCCAUCACAUGCAAGAGCAGGACAAACAUUUGAGCUCACUCUAUUAACACAUGACUCACGAAUGGCUCUUAUUGACCGAGAUACAGAGUUUACAUUGACCUAUCCCCUGCUGAGAAAAUUGCAAUCAUCAGCUGUGCUGUAGCUAUAGUUGCUGGAAUCUUCCUCGUCCUGUUGGGUAUAGCCAUAAUCGUCACCCUUUGCUCAAAAGAAGCUUUACGAGGCCAUAAAUAGACUAAUGACAUUGUUGUAGACAUUGAAGACUGUGUAUGAAUAGUGUGACUGGAUGCAUGUGUAUAUAGUUGUGCUAUAUAGCCGCUUGCAUGCACAUAGUAUACAUGCUACAGUAAAUAUUCUUUUUUUUGUGUAUUGCAUAUGAACAGUUGCAUGUACAUAACUUUUGACUUGUAUAAUGGGAUGACCGUUAAGUGUACCCAUGCAG